AUGUCAAAUCUUGAGGAAAAUGCCCCUCCUAUGUUCGAAGUCAAACGCGUUGACCUUCAAUUCAAUAUUUCCGCCGAUUUCGUCGCUGCUCAAGUCGCGAAUGAUGUCCUCAUCCUUGCUCUUUCCACUGGUCGCAUCCUUCGCAUUGACCUAGAUAGCCCGUCUGAUGUCGACGACAUUGACCUGCCCAAGAAGCCCACAGAGACUGGCUUGAUUCGCCGCUUGUUCUUAGAUCCUUCUGCUUCACAUCUCAUCAUUUCAACCACGUUGGGCGAUAAUUACUAUUUGCACACCCAGUCUCGACAGCCAAAGCUGCUUUCGCGGCUGAAGGGCGUGGGAAUUGAAAGCAUAGCAUGGAAUCCUUCUCUACCUACUGCGUCUACUCGAGAGAUACUUGUUGGAGCAGUAGACGGAAAUAUUUAUGAGAAUUAUAUCGAGCCGUCCACCGAAUUCUACAGGAGCCAGGAAAAGUAUUUGAAGCUUGUCUACAAGGCACCCGAGGGGCCUGUGACAGGAUUAUGGGUGGAUCAUAUGCCUGGACGACCCGAAGUACGGAGGCUACUCGUAGCCACGCCGACGAAGCUAUUGCACUUUGUUGGCAGAAUUGGUAGGCAUGGGAGCGAAGGUUCAGGCAGCAUAUUUACAAAGCUUUUGGAAUCGGAAGCGCCGACUCUACGCGAAGCAAAUAGAGGAAGCAAACCAACACCUUCUGCACUUGUAGUCUCUCCGGACCUGCCAAACGAGGCUGGCGAAGGAGCUGGUAAUGAGGAUCGUUACUACGCUUGGCUUGCGUCGGAGGGGGUGUCGUACGGCCAGCUUAAAAACUCUACCGAAUCUGGAGACCUGGGAAGUGCUAUAUUUAACAGCUCCAAAAUCGUUGAAAGAAAACAAAUACCAGCUUCUGACAAUGCCAGUGGGCGUAAGAAGCCCGCAUUGGAGCCUAUCGCUGGGAUCACUCUUAGCCAAUGGCAUCUGCUGUGUUUAGUUGAAGGACGCGUUGUAGCUUUGCAGCGGCUUGAUGAGCAGCUUGUCUUUGAUCAGGUUGUUGUCGAGCCUGGAGACAGUGCUGUCGCUCUGCUUGCGGAUCAGAAAAAGAGCACUUUUUGGCUGUUCACUGCGCGAGAGAUCUUCGAGAUUGUUGUCACGGAUGAAGAUCGGGAGGUUUGGAAGAUUAUGCUAAAGCGUCAGCAAUUUAGUCUUGCAUCACAGUAUGCAAAAAGCCCGCCUCAAAAGGAUGCGGUUGCUGUGGCGUCAGGAGACUAUCUUAUUGGCAAAGGGCAGUACAUGGACGCUGCCAACGUCUAUGGCAAGAGCAGCAGACCCUUUGAACAGGUUGCGUUAACUUUUAUCGACCAUGGAGAGCAUGAUGCUCUGAGAAAAUAUCUCUUGAUGAAGCUGGCGACUUACCAAAAGAAUUCCAUCAUGCAGAGGAUCAUGAUAACAAGCUGGCUUGUCGAGCUCUUCAUGUCAAGGCUAAAUUCUCUGGAUGAUCAUCUUACCACGAAAGCGCAGUUAACAGAGGACACGACGCCUGCGAAUACACAGAAAGAAUUGAUCACUACUCGCCGAGAAUUCCAGGACUUUGUGACCCGAUAUAAGACUGAUUUGGACAAACAAACGACUUACGAAGUCAUCAGCAGCCAUGGGCGCGAGCAAGAGCUCCUCGCUUAUGCUUUGGCAAUUCAAGAUCAUAACUAUGUACUCUCUUACUGGGUUCAACGAGAGCGAUGGCAAGAGUCUCUAGAUGUUCUGAAGAGGCAGAACAGCCCGGAGAUUUUUUACAAGUACAGCAGUGUCUUGAUGCAGCAUGCCCCAACAGAGCUGAUUGACGUACUCAUCCGCCAUGAUGAGCUCGAUCCAAUAAAGAUUACACCCGCAUUACUCACGUACAAUACCAAAGCUUCUUCGUUGCCACUUUCACAAAAUCAGGCUGUCCGAUAUUUGAAUUACUGCAUCAACUCUUUGCACUCAUCCGAUUCCGCAAUCCACAACACUCUCCUUUCAAUCUAUGCCUCACAUCCAUCCCCGGACGAAAAAGCUCUUCUCAGCUAUCUGACCCACGACCGAGUCCAAUCUGCAGUCCACAUCUACAGUAGCAUGGAUGACUACACUUCAGCUGUGAAUCUGGCCCUCAAACAUGAUGAGAUUGAUCUUGCGUCUAUGAUCGCAGAUCGACCAUCGGACAGCAAUCCGGCACUCCGCAAAAAGCUCUGGCUGGAGGUAGCGAAGAAGGUCAUCGGCAAGCAGGGCACAGGCAGUGUCAAGACUGCGAUUGACUUCCUGAAGCGAUGCGAUCUCUUACGAAUCGAAGAUCUCAUUCCUCUCUUUCCUGAUUUUGUGGUGAUCGAUGACUUCAAGGACGAGAUCUGCGCAGCACUCGAGUCCUAUUCCCGAUCCAUCGCCUCUUUGGAUGCUGAGAUGGACGCCUCAGCUGCCACAGCAGAACAUAUCAAAGCGGAUAUCAAGCAGCUAGACCGACGAUAUGCUAUUGUCGAGCCCGGUGAAAGGUGGCGGAAAGUCAUGGACGGGAGCGGUCUUACUACGCAACGGAGGAUCAGGGAACUGCAAGCGAGCAUUUCGAGAGGUGGAAAGAGGGAGAGAGAGGGCAGGGAAUUAGAUGCCCUGAUUGGAGCACAAUGUGUUUCUUGCGGUGACCUGGCCAUCAAGUCCAUCGAGGAACCAUUCAUCACUGACGCUGAUGAUGACGCGGAUGACUGGUCUAUAUGA